ACACUACCAUCACACACUACCAUCACACACUACCAUCACACACUACCAUCACACACUACCAUCACACACUACCAUCACACACUACCAUCACACACUACCAUCACACACUACCAUCACACACUACCAUCACACACUACCAUCACACACUACCAUCACACAAUACCAUCACAUUGAAGCCCUCAGAGCAACACUGAUAUUAAUUCAUAUAUAAGAUGAUUGCGUCACCAGGGAUCAUCAUGUCAGAUGCAUUCGUCUUGGAAACAGAGUGUGUAUCUUCUUGUGUUUCUGUUUGUGGCUCAGUCCCGUCUCCGAGGCCGGACAACUCGUUCCACGAGGGCCGGGGCCCGACCCGGGGCCAGGGGCCGGCGUUCGAUCCCUGGACGGGUCCGGACACGGUGGUUCUGAACCCCGCGGAGCCGUCCAAAGAGAAGGAGAAGCAGGGCUUCUUCAGAGCCAUGAAGAAGAAAAAGAAGAAGCCUCAGAUGGUUCCCAAUGAAGCGGUCGACAACGCCCUCCAGAAGUCCUCUAGAUCCUCCAGUCACCAGAGCAGCCGCCACCGGACCCGGGACAAGAGCCGAGACCGGGACAAGAGUAGGGACCGAGACAAGAGUAGAGACCGGGACAAGAGUAGAGACCGGGACAAGAGUAGAGACCGGGACCAGGACCGGGACAAAGACUGGCCUCCUGAGAAACGUUCAGAUUCACACUCUCCGGUGAGUCUCAAAGGAAAAACCCAG